GCAGCAAAUUAUCGUACAAAACGAUAAUUAUCGUACGAACGGCAACGCUGCGUCUCGCUUUAUCGCGCCUUGCUAGCGGGUAAUAAACAUACGAAGAAAUGAUCUGGUAUGGACAUAGUGCGCCUGCUCGCCCGCUUCCGAGUGCUAGGCCAGCUGCUUCUCGCUUUUACCGGAAUGAAUUACUAAUUCUUUUCUCGCUUGCCGUUAAGCCCGCUCGAUUCAUUUCAUAAAGGAAUUUGGACGUAGUAGUGAAUAAAUAUCGAUAGGAUGGACAUUGAUAAAGAAAUUUUGAUUUCUAAAGUGUUUUUAAAUAGCGUGAUAUGGGAUAAACGGUUGGAAGGCCAUGCAAAUCGCAAAAUGGUGGACAAGGCAUGGCAGAGUAUAGCUGCCGAAAUGGGUUCAGAGAACGACGGAGUACUACGGAAGAAGUGGAAGUACCUUAGGGACCAAUUUGCGGUAGAAGUGGGAAAAUUUCCUCCUCCUCGUUCAGGUGAUUCUGGUGAUCGUCCUGAAUCUAAGUGGCCUUACUUCAAGUCACUAAGGUUUUUAUUAGGAAUAGUGAAAGCAAGAACUUCUGCUAGCAAUUUAAAAAAACCCGAAAAUGAAAACGAAGACUUGGUGUCUCAUUAUGUUAGCAAGGAAACGGAUUCACAACAAGAUGUUCAAGAAAUAGAUAAUCAAGUUUCUGAUGAUCAACGUCAGCAAGCACAGAUGAAUUCCCCAUCUUCAGAUGUAUUCUCGGGAAAAAGGAAAAGAAAUAAUGCGAAUAAAAAAUAUAAUCAGGAAAUGUUAGACCUCGAGACAAAAAAGGCUUCCCUACUAGAACGUGUGAUUAAUGAUAGAGGAUCAGACGAUGAUGAUGCAUUGUUUUUUAGAAGUCUUUUGCCUCAUGUUAGCAAGAUACCGCAGCACUUGAAAUUGAGAUUCAGAUCUCGAGUUCAAAUGAUAGUUGACGAGUUUGCCUAUGCAUCACAUGGUACAAUGCAGUCUAGCCACUCAAAUUCGCAGUCAGCACCAUCUUUUGUUCAGCAAUACAGUGCAGAAUAUAUUUUAAGCCCUGAUGCUGAAUCAUCAACCUCUGGACCAUCCUCUGUACCUUCAUCAUGUACUGACGAGCCAUACAUAUCAAAAUGGUUUGCAUAUCAACAUUUCGAAUUCUUAAAGAAUAGGGAUGUCACAUCAAAUACAACAUUGGACAUAGCUCCCACGAGAGAAUGUGAAGAAGCAACUGAAGAUAACAACCCACAACUGACAGACCAAGCAACUGACAUAGACAACCCGAUAGGCGGUGUUCCAUCACAGUAUCCUCCUCCUGCUUCACAAGUGGUACCUUCUCCGAUGAAUACUGCACGAGAUGACUCGUUCGAGUCUUCGCCGGCAAAGCGUGGUCUUAAACGUAAAAGAAUUGGACCUAAAGACGAUACUCAAGAAAUGAUGAGCACAGCACUGCAAGUUUUGAAAUCAUCGAUUAGAACGUCGAGCGAUCCUCACUUCACAUAUGCGUUGUACUUAGCAGACGAAAUGCGAAAAUAUGACCCUCCCACACUAGCGAGUGUGAAGAGAGCGUUUGCGAACAUCAUUUAUGAUGCCGAUAUGUCCAUGGCAAAGGGCUCCAAGAACCUACAAAGUGAAGGUCCAGCAUCUUUCGGUGCUUCUACUAGUGGGCGGUCAACACCAGUUUCAGAAGGCCCAAGUCCUCAAGAGUUGCAAUUUCACUUGUCCUCUCUUGAUGUGAAAUCACCAGAAGUAAAAAUCGAAAUCGAUGAACAAAUGUCUUCAGAUGUAUCAUGUUCGGAUAUAUCAGAAUCUAUAGUCAAAACUGAACCUGGCUUGCAAACCAAACCCCUGCCUGAUCUAGCAGCUAGUUACCAUACAAAGUGAAGUUAAGGAUCGAAGAUGUUAUUUCUGUAAAUACCUAUGUGGCUGUUGAACUGCUUCUGAUUAAGCAAGGAAUCAAUUGCAUCAGGGAUGCAGUAGUUGGAUAUAUCUCAACUUUGGAUGAUUCAGGAUCGACGAAAGUAUAGCCAAUAUUUCAUCAUCGGCAAGUUCAACGAAUUCCUAAGCUUUUCACUUGUUAUAUCCGUAAUGCUGAAGAAGUUACUGAUGUAUAUUUUUUUAAUCAAUGCUGUUAACUUAUGUAUUAAUUAUUUGGUAAUAAAUAUGUUUUCCUAA